CCUCUCCCUCCCCUCCCCUAGGGUUUCCAAUAAAUCCUCUCUCACUCCAAAUCAUGCAACUUCGAAUCGAUUGUGUGUUCUUGUGCCUCACAUAGCUUAGUUCCUAGUUAUAUUUAGGGCUUUUAAUUUUCGUGUUAACCAUCAGAUGGGUAAUAAAGUCCCCGAUGAACUGAUUUCAACGGUUCGGUCUGUCGUCGGUCACGACUAUUCGGACAUGGACAUCAUUCGAGCCCUUCACAUGGCCAACAAUGACGCCACAGCGGCAAUUAACAUAAUUUUCGACACUCCUUGUGUUAAGAAGUCCGAAAUUCCUAGAAGCCCCCAAGUUUCAAAUCGCAAUUUGAGCUCCGAGACUCGAAAUGGUACAGCAAAUUCAAAGCGUUCUAUGAUUUCUAAUUCAAAUGGGGUAGUAAACCCUAAAAGUUCGGUUGAUAGGGAUUGUGGUAGUGAGAACGUGGAGGAUUUGAGUGGGUGUUCGACUUCGAUGGGGGAAGAGUGGUGGUUUGUGGGAUGUGGUGAAGUUGCAGGGUUGUCGACCUGUAAAGGGAGGAGAUUGAAGCCCGGUGAAGAAGUGAAUUUUACGUUUCCAUCGGAGAGGAAAUUUGGUUCGCCUUCGCCUGGCAAGUUCGGUGGUGGUAGGGGGCGACAAGUGGCUGCGUGUUCUGAGAUUGUGAGGUUCUCUACAAAAACUUGUGGGGAGAUUGGUCGUAUACCAAAUGAGUGGGCUCGAUGUCUUCUGCCACUUGUGAGGGGUAAGAAGGUACGGGUCAAAGGGUGUUGUAAAUCUGCUCCUGAAGUGUUGGGCAUUAUGGACACCGUUCUUUUGUCUGUCAGUGUGUACAUCGAUAGUUCAAUGUUCCGCAAAAGCCACCAGACUUCACUCAAGGUAGCCGCCAAUUCGGCAGAUGAAUCAGUAGUUCACCCUCUCCCGACUUUGUUUCGGUUGCUUGGACUAACCCCUUUUAAGAAGGCAGAAUUCACUCCUGCUGAUUUGUACACAAGAAAACGACCUUUGAACCCAGAGGACCAUUCUGGUGUUCCUGCAUCAUUGUUGCAUGGCAACAAAUUCAAGCACCCAUCAUCUCUGAAUGAAAAUAAAGUUGAUAAUGAGGAGUCUAUUUCAGACACUGAUCUUGACAACAUUGUUGGCGUUGCCAAUAGCACUGAGUUAGAGGAAAUGGAACCUCCUACCACCCUUCAAUGUGAGCUUCGCCCUUACCAAAAGCAGGCUCUUCAUUGGAUGAUUCACUUGGAGAAGGGACAACACAUGGAUGAGGCGGCAACAACUCUCCACCCGUGUUGGGAUGCUUAUCGCCUUGCAGACAAGAGGGAGCUUGUUGUCUACUUAAAUGCAUUUUCAGGUGAUGCCACAACUGAAUUUCCAAGCACCCUUCAAAUGGCCAGAGGAGGGAUUUUGGCAGAUUCUAUGGGGCUCGGGAAGACUAUCAUGACCAUAGCUCUCCUUCUCACCCAUUAUGGAAGAGGUGGAUCAAUAGGUAGCCAAUCCACGAGUCAACCCUAUGGUGAAAAUAGUGAAGUCAACAGUACUUCAGAUCAAUCUCCAGCUCUCCUAAAGAAAGCAAUGAAGUUUUCUGGUUUUGAUAAACUUGAGAAGCAAAAAACCUCACUUAUUGGUGGUGGCAAUCUGAUUGUAUGUCCUAUGACCCUUCUAGGGCAGUGGAAGGCAGAGAUUGAAACUCAUGCACAACCUGGGUGUUUCUCUCUUUAUGUUCAUUAUGGACAAAGUAGACCAAAGGAUGCAAAACUUCUAGCUCAGAAUGAUGUUGUACUAACUACCUAUGGAGUGUUAGCCUCAGAAUUUUCAACAGAGAACGCUGAUGAAAAUGGUGGACUUUAUUCUGUGAGAUGGUUUAGAGUAGUGCUUGAUGAGGCACAUACUAUAAAGUCUUCUAAAAGCCAAAUAUCUACAGCUGCAGCUGCUCUUAUUGCUGAUCGUCGAUGGUGCCUUACUGGUACUCCUAUCCAGAACAAACUGGAGGAUGUUUACAGUCUUCUUCGAUUUUUGAGGAUUGAACCAUGGGGAAGCUGGGCGUGGUGGAAUAGACUUAUUCAAAAACCCUUUGAGGAGGGUGAUGAGAGGGGGUUAAAGUUGGUCCAAUCCAUCUUAAGGCCAAUUAUGUUAAGAAGAACAAAGUUCAGCACAGACCGAGAAGGCAGGCCAAUUUUAGUUCUUCCACCUGCAGACACUAAGGUGAUUUAUUGUGAACUAACGGAAGCUGAAAAGGACUUCUAUGAAGCUCUAUUUAAAAGAUCUAAGGUCAAGUUUGAUCAAUAUGUAGAGCAAGGGCGGGUUCUUCACAAUUAUGCUUCUAUUUUGGAGUUGCUCUUGCGUCUUCGCCAAUGUUGUGAUCAUCCAUUUCUUGUGAUGAGUCGAGGUGAUACUCAAGAGUUCUCAGACCUGAAUAAGCUUGCUAAACGUUUCCUUAAGGGCGGUGGUGACAUUGUUGAAGGGCAAGCUAAAGACGUGCCUUCACAGGCAUAUAUUCAGGAGGUUUUGGAAGAGUUACGCAAGGGGGAGCAGGGAGAGUGUCCAAUAUGCCUUGAAGCUUUUGAAGACGCUGUGUUGACUCCAUGUGCUCAUCGCUUAUGCCGAGAAUGUCUAUUGGCAAGUUGGCGAAGUCAGACUUCUGGUCUUUGUCCUGUUUGUAGAAAGACUGUCAACAGGCACGAGCUUAUUACUGCACCGACUGGCAGUAGAUUCCAGAUUGAUAUUGAGAGAAAUUGGGUGGAAUCAUCAAAAGUUUCUUCUCUGUUGUGUGAAUUAAGAAAUCUUUGCUCAGUGGGCUCUAAAAGCAUUGUUUUCAGUCAGUGGACUGCCUUCUUAGACCUAUUGCAGAUUCCUCUUUCUCGGAAUAACAUUGUGUUUGUUCGUCUGGAUGGGACUCUAAAUCAGCAACAGCGAGAGAAAGUAAUAAAGCAGUUUUCUGAAGAAAAUAACAUCCAGGUGUUACUAAUGUCAUUGAAGGCUGGUGGAGUUGGAAUAAACCUAACAUCCGCAUCUAAUGCUUUUGUCAUGGAUCCAUGGUGGAAUCCAGCUGUAGAGGAGCAAGCUGUCAUGCGCAUUCAUCGCAUUGGACAAACUAAAAGGGUAAUGAUAAGGAGAUUUAUUGUGAAGGUACAUAUCUUAAUCUUUUCUUCUGCUCUCUACACCCGUAGCCAGGACUCUAUUUUGUAAGUUUUUCCGCCAUUUGUUUUAUAGCACGUGAAGUAAAGAGCUGAAGCAGGCCAUUUGUGACUGAACUAAACAUUGAGAACCUCUGAGAACAUAGAUCUGAUUGUGUCAUAUCUCCUAAGUUGGUUUGGCCCCACAUACCAGUCCAAAUUUAAAAGACAAUCAAAAUGUGCUGUGAAGUGGAAACACUCACAUUGAUGUUCUUGGACUGCAGGGAACAGUUGAAGAAAGAAUGGAGGCAGUGCAAGCCCGGAAGCAGCAGAUGAUCUCAGGUGCUUUAACUGACCAAGAAGUCCGAACUGCACGUAUCGAGGAACUUAAAAUGCUUUUCACCUAGUCCAGAGAAGGGAAUACUGCCUCCAUCUGUCACUAAUACUGGAACAGCUGAUGGGUUCCAACUUUUUGCUCGUGGUAUUUUCCAAACCAAGAGUUAUGAAUGGGACAUAUAGUCGAUGGGACAUGUCCUCACAACGUUGAUAUGUAGAUGGCCGGAACCUAUCCCAAUCUGAGCUGUGUUCUUUGCUCCUUCGAGCCAAGCAUGUGGAUUGAUAACAAGGCGAGGCGUUCCAAGUAUGUACAACUAUCAAUCUGUCAUUGUUGCUUUAGUCUUAUACCAGAACUAUUGUUGGGAUCAGUUGCAGAAUAGGGUUUAUGUCCUGGCAUACGAUUGAAUUUGAAAUCAGGCAAGGUUUCUUCCUUGUUGACUCAAGGUGAAGAACAUGCAGGAAAGAGCAUAUGCGGAUAUUUUUUACUCUGUUUAAGGAUGGAGAACCUGAAUCAGAUUCAAUAUAUAUAUAUUUUUUUGUAUAUUUUAUUUUAAUUGUAUUGACAUUAUGAGAUAUUUUAAUUUUCCGGUAAGUGGCAUGUUCAGUGCUAAAAUACUGCCACUG